GGUUGCUCGUGGAGAACAGGAAACAGGGUUGACAGGAAGGCCAUCCAGGCACUCCAGAAAAUAUAGAAAAAUGAAGAGGGAAAUAUUAAAAAGCCUUUAUUGUUGUGGCUAAAUCAUUAAAAGAGACAACAUGUUUCGACCACUGCAGAGGGGUAUUCCAGGUAGGAGGUUCAACAAACUCCGAGUCUAAUCCUGGGCCCGUAUUCCUAAAGAUUCUGAGAAUCCUCUCAGAGAGCUCCUAACUUAGCCUAAAAAUUCCCAGCAAGGAGUCUUAGCUUACGAGUGAUUCCAGAACACUCUCAGAGAACUCUGAGCAAGGAAUGGACAGAAGCUCCUAUCUUAGUGAGGAGGUGUGGUUGACCCCGUUGCUAGGUAUGAGUCAUCAUUUCCAAAGCUGUGAUUGGUUGAUCCUAAAAGCUGGAUAAAAAACUUACUUUUGGUGAUAAUUGAUAAACUCAAUUAUGGAAUCUAAUCUUAUGAAGACUGUGUAAUUGUAAAUAACAUAUCACAUAAAAGAAAAUACAUGUUAAAUGAAUAGUAAACUGUACUAUAAAAUAAUCCUACUGAAUGCCCACAUAUUCACAUAGUGAUGGUUAUAUUAAUUUGCUUUUAUUAAUUGCAUGCUUUUGUACUUUCAACUAUCAACAUCUCAACUUAAUUUGGUAUUAACGAGUGUAACACAGCACAGCUUUCAUCAAUGUCCUUGAUUGCUGACAGGUGUAUAAGAAGUAGGCUUGUCUGGCUUUUACAUCUGCUACAAACUAGUGAACAACAAUGGAGAGAAAAAGAACAAGAAAACCCAACUGGACCGAGGAACAGUGUUUGCUUUUGGCUCAAUUGAUCAAUGAGCAUAAAAGUGUUUUGAGGGGUAAAUUUAGCCCCAGUGUCACAGUGCAAGCCAAGAAGCAAGCCUGGGACACUAUAGCACAACAGAUAAAUGCCUCCUUUCCGUUGGUUGUGCGCACAAGUGAGGAUUGCGAGAAGCGGUGGUAUGUGUUGCAGUCAAAAGCAAAAGAGGAGAUUGCGGCACAAAAACGUGAAGCUUCACGCACAGGGGGUGGACCACCUUCUAAGCAGCUGUCCCAGGUUGCAGAAACAGUAUUUGAUAUACUGGGGCAGUCAGAAGUUGGCAUCACCGGGCUGAGGGAAGGCAUUGACUCCUCAAUGUUGCAGGCCAUUGAAAUGCAACAAUGCAUGGAGCGAUCAGAGGAACCGGGCCCCUCAACAUCACAGGUGUACGACCAUCAGACAGAGUCCAGCCUGCCCGCUGCUGCCGCUCAAACACCAUCCCUGCCUGCUGCACCUGCUGCUCCAACACCAUCCCUGCAGGACAGAAGAUUAGAGUUGACGAUGGAUGUCUUAACGCAGCAGAAAAGAGUUCUCUGCCUACAGGAGGAGUACUAUAGACUGAAAAUUCAGUUCCUAAAAAAUAAAUUGAGUGACAAAUAGAUAUUGUGUCUUUGAGUAAUGUGUCAUGUAUGUAACUAUUGUAAGUGAUGUUUGGUAAAACUAUGUGGUACAUUGAUUAAAUGCAUUCACACAUUUUCUAAUUACAUAUAUUUUCUAAUUACAUAUACUGUAACUUGCCUGAAAUGUAAAUUUGUAAAGUGGCCUCUGUAACAUAGUCCACUUUGAGCCAAGUUCCCCUGUGGAAAGUCAAUGUUUUCUUCACCACCAUCAUCAUCGCUCUCCUCGUCACCAUCACCCUCAAGAGGUUCUGCAAUCUGCCGAGCCUUGCAAAUGUUGUGCAGUAUUGCACAGGCCACGAUGACUUUGCAGACUUUAUCAGGGGUCAGCCGCACCUCUCCAUGGAGGACAUGAAAGCGUCUCUUCAUUUGGCCAAUGCCACGCUCCACAACUGCCCUUGUUCUCUUAUGGGCCCUACAGACAUAAUUAAACAUUAUACAUUAUGUACAUUAUUUGAUGGAAAUAUCUAGGAUAAUCCAACAUGCAAUUUACAUUUUAUGUCCAUGCAUAAUUCUAUAUUGUUUGGGUUACCUGUUGUAGUUUAGUUGCGGCCCUUGGUGUGGCUGGAGGUAAGGUGUUAGGAGCCAUGGUUUGCAUGGGUAGCCACUGUCCCCUAACAAGUGGCAAUUGGCUGGCACAUAAUGUCCCUCGAAAAGCUGUCUGAGACCACUCUCAGAGAGCAUUCUGGCAUCAUGUGUUGAGCCUGGCCAUUUAGCAACAAUGUCUAAAAUUUUGUAGUCAGCACUGAAAACAAGCUGAACAUUGAUGCUGUGAAAUCUUUUCCUGUUCACAAAGAUGGCUUCAUCUUCUGAUGGUGCAAUUAUUCUGACAUGUGUCCCAUCAAUUACACCCACAACACCAGGGAAUCCUGCAAUGUCCAUAAAUGCCCUUUUGUGGGCUUGCAAAGUGCGGGCAUCCAGUGGAAAUUUAACAAAUUGUGUCACAAUGUGAGGUUGUGACAAUGCUGUCAAUGUUUGAUUGAUGACCCUGCUGAUGGAGGGUUGUGACAGACCCAAGUCAUCACUGCUGCAUUGUUGCAUUUUCCCUGUUGCCAAAUACCUCAAGGUUGUGAUUACCUUCAUUUCAGGUGAUAUGGCAUUGUGGCGUUGGGUAGGAGAAGUCAGUGCAUCUCUAAUGAGAUCGACCACAAAAACAAUGCCGGCGCGAUCCAAUCUGUAGCGUUUUAAUAAUUCACCGUCUUCCAGUGUUUGGAGAAUAUCUCUCCUGCCUCUUCCCUCCGCCAUUUUGUCCUCUGCUUAGGGAACUCCUAAUCUGCUUAAAAGUCCUCUUCCCUGCUCCUAAUAGAUCUCACCUUAGGAGCACUUUCAGGAGCUAGGAUUCUUUUGGAAUAGCUUUUAUCUUUACUAGGAUCUACUCUUAAUUUUUAGGAGAAAUUCUAAGAAAACACCAAGAUUCUAAGAAUUUUCUUAGAAUUUGGCCACUAGGAGCAACUCUUUGCACUAAGAAUCUUUAGGAAUA